AUGGCCGCAACGGUGACAGUAUUGCGCCAGCCUCUGGUCCUCCUCCCUGCCACAAGGCCAUUAUCACAAGCAUCCGUUAGCUUCUCAAAGUAUCUCGUCCGACAACGGUCGACCCCUCCGACGAACAUCUCAUCGCGAUACUUCUCAACAGCCAGCAGCAUGAAGUCCGACUCGGCUGCAAAGCUAUCCUACCACGUUGCUGCGUCUUUUACCGCGAAAGACCAUCCCUACGACCCAUCAACGCACGUCUUUCACUUCAAUCCCUACAACCGUAUCCAGCAGAACCGUAGCAAACGCUCCAGACCAGACAGCGGACACGAUGCCUUUUUCGUCAGUCGAGUCGGCGACUCUGGCGCAGUAGCCCUUGGUGUGGCUGAUGGCGUCGGCGGCUGGGUAGAUUCUGGUGUUGACCCGGCGGAUUUCUCACACGGUUUCUGCGAUUACAUGGCUUCGACAGCCUACGGACACGGUUCAAUCAAAGACGACCCGAUCACAAAGGGCACGGGUGACAAGGAGCCGCUAAGAGCGCAAGAUCUGAUGCAAAAGGGAUACCAGGCGAUCAAUGAGGACAGCACCGUCAUUGCUGGUGGCAGUACAGCGUGUGUUGCUGUAGCAUCCUCAGACGGCAACCUCGACAUUGCCAACCUAGGCGACUCUGGCUUCAUCCAGCUCCGAUUGAACGCCGUACACACCUACUCUGAACCCCAAACGCAUGCCUUCAACACGCCUUAUCAGCUCUCUAUCGUGCCUCCCAGCGUAGCCGCUCGGAUGGCAGCUUUUGGUGGCCAGAACCUAUGCGACUUUCCCAAAGACGCCGACGUCACUCACCAUGACCUCCGUCACGGUGAUAUCAUCGUUUUCGCAACUGACGGUGUAUGGGACAACCUGUUUAACCAGGACAUCCUCCGUAUUGUUAGCAAUGUCAUGACAACGACAGGCGCAUGGCUCAUGACGAAGAAUGGUGUCCGCGUCGUCGACAAUCUCAAGCCCUUUACAAAACCCGCUGAAGACGCCUCAGAGCGACCUUCCGCAAAGUUUCUUACCUUGCAGAGCGUGCUCGCGGCGGAAAUCACGUCCGCCGCCAAGUCGGCGAGCCUAAACCGCAACGUUGACGGCCCCUUUGCCAAGGGAGUGCAGAAGUACUACCCGCAGGAGAACUGGCACGGCGGCAAGAUCGACGAUAUUUGCGUUCUCGUCCUCAUCGCGUCGGAUGACUCCAAGGCCGCGGCCAAGAGUCGCCUUUAA